CAAUUCGCAAAAAAAAACGAUAAUCCGCAUAAGAUGUUAUAAACAAAACGAUUUCGCAAUUAUGUUGUCGGAGUCACGAUUCUCUUAAUGCUAAAAUUGCGGAAGAUCAUGAAAAUUUUUUAUAUGCUGAAGUUUUUAUGAACAUUCCGUUCUUUGGUUGUUCUGGAGAAUUAAUGAGCGGACUUUCAGUCGGUUUACGACCGUUUAAAGCGAUGCUUAAAUUAAUAAGCGCACUUUGUCUCAUUCGCGUUUUGGGUGUUGGAAGUUGGCAGAACUUUUACUGCCAAUUAAGUUGCGACUCGUUCAACGCAAGUGAAACUCAUACGGUGUGCAAACGACAACAGCAGAAAUGUGGCCCUGAUCCAAAGUGCGGUCCAGACUUUGCCGUUCUGGAACUUUCCAACGAUGACCGGCAGUAUAUUAUGGACAUUCACAACUAUCUGAGAAACAAAGUGGCCAUCGGCCACGAAAAGCGCGGAUUUCAGCCCAGGGCUGCCAACAUGCUAGUCAUGGUAGGUGUUUACAGGGUGAAGAAUUUUAAGCUCAAUAAGGAAUUCCAGAAUUACAAUCGGGAGUUAGAGUUUCUGGCGCAAUGCUGGGCAAAUGCCUGCAAUGGAAACCCGCUGGUCCACGAUAGGUGCCGAAGAACAGCUCAAUAUGUCCAUGUGGGCCAAAACUUGGGGUAUAUCAACAGCACGGACCCGAAAAUCAACAAAAUCAAAGCCAUCAAAGACCUGAUCUUAUUGUGGUAUGAUGAGGUGGCAUUGUUCGACAGUUCUUGGAUCAACGAUACUCAGAUCAGAUCGCCCGAUCUAGUAGUAGGCCAUUAUACGCAACUAGUAUGGGCGAAUAGUAUGGAAAUUGGAUGCGCCAUCAGCUACUACACGCAUACUGUGCAGAAUCGCAUCUGGCAUCAGUUAAUUUUGGUGUGCAAUUAUGGGCCAGGUGGGAAUUAUUUGGGAAAUCCCGUUUAUGAAGCUGGAAAAGUCGCUACCAGGUGCCCUAAAGGUAUGGAAAGGAAUGCGAUUUAUAAGGGGCUAUGUGGACAAACGCAACCGGUGGAAGAAGUUGGCAAUUUCACUUUUGACCUGUUUCAACUGGAAGAUGUCUAAAACAGUUGUUUAAUAAAUAAGUUUUUGCAAAA